GGAACCAAGACUCGGAGCGUCAAUAAUCGGGAUGAGAAUCAAGGUCAUGUAUAUGACUUCAGGAUAUGCCACCCUGUUGGAUCAUUUCGUUCGAUUAUCAAUGACCAUUACCUUUUUCAGAUUCCAUAUGCACUAUUGCUGAGCAUCCACAAUGGCCGAUACUAAGGAUCGCAUUACCGGCCCAGAAGAGGCACAGGUGCAACCCGAUGGGCCUCUCAAGUUGCCUGCACAACAAUGGCAAGGUUUGCAAAGAGUCCCGGAUAAACUCCCAACUGUCGCCCUGUUGAUCCUAGUUGUUGAGCUCGGAGAGAGGUUCACGUACUUUGGACUUAGCGGUCCAAUUCAAAACUACAUCAACAAUCCCUAUGAUCCUACAUCCGAUCUUCCUGGGGCCCUCGGCCGGGGUCAAGCAGUAGCUACGGCAUUGGGUAACUUUUUCAAGUUCUGGGCCUACGCAUCCACCGUGAUUGGGGCCAUCAUCGCCGACCAGUACCUUGGAAAAUUCAAGGCGAUUCUUGCGGCCUGUGCCGUGUACAUCGUCGGCCUCGUCAUUCUCGUCGCAACUUCUACACCAUCUUCAAUCACAAACGGUGCGGGAUUUGGCGGUUUGAUUGCAGCUAUGAUUACGAUUGGACUUGGCACAGGUGGUAUCAAGGCCAACGUGACACCGAUGUGUGCAGAGCAAUACCAGAACACACACCCGGUGGUCAGAACUUUGAAGUCAGGCGAAGAAGUGUUGGUCGACCCUGAACUAACAGUCCAGAGACUUUUCAUGUGGUUCUACUGGGUUGUCAACAUUGGGGCAUUGUCGCCAUUGAUCACUGUCAACGUCGAGGCACACCAUUCGUUCUGGCUGGCAUACCUUAUCCCACUCAUUGCCAUCAUCAUUUCUGCUGCCAUUAUUAUCUCCGGACAGAAGAAAUACGUCAAGGUUCCUCCAGAAGGCUCUGCCAUAAUCGAUGCUCUCCAAGUGACUCGCAUCGCUAUCAAAGAAAAGGGGUUCAACAACGCGACUCCUUCGGCUCUGAGAGAGUCCGGACAUGAUGGAGACUACGUGAUCGCAAGUGAGGCUAGAUACACUGAUGCCUACGUGAUGGAUGUUAUGCGAGGUCUAAAGAGUUGCAAGAUGUUCUUGUUCUUCCCCCUUUACUUCAUUUGCUGGAUCCAAAUCUGGAAUAAUCUCAUUUCUCAAGCGGGUGAGAUGGCCUUGCAUGGGACUCCAAAUGAUCUGCUGCAGAAUCUGGAUCCCAUCGCCCUGUGCAUCUUCAUCCCUUUCUUAGACGUGAUUGUGUAUCCCAUGUUCCGUAAAUAUCGCAUCGACUUUGAUCCCGUCACCCGAAUCUUCGUAGGCUUCUUAUUCGCCUCCGUAUCAAUGGUCUACGCCAGUGUCCUGCAGCACUACAUCUACAACUCUCCGCCGAAAAGUAUCCACGUCUGGAUACAGGCACCCGCUUACAUACUCGUGGCGUUUUCCGAGGCGUUCAUCAUCGUCACCGGGCUGGAGCUAGCCUUCACCCAGGCCCCAAAGAAUCUUCGUUCGGUUGUGUCCGCCCUGUUUUGGUUGACUAUUGGCAUAGCCGCCGCCAUUUGCAUUGCGCUUGCGCCUGUUUCGCAGGACCCUUACCUCGUUUGGAUGUAUGGCUCGCUGGGCAUUGUUGGAUUCGUGUCAGGGUGCGCCUUUUAUGCAUGCUUUUAUCCUGGGUGGAACAAGAAAGGUAUGGAGCGAGAAGUGAUCAUCGAUGGCACAGAACCUUGA